UAUGACUUACUGCAUUAUAAAGUAGGUAUUAAUAUUGAGUGCUUGAUUUCCUAUCUCUAUGGAUAUAUUAGCAAUAAUUAUCAAACUAGGUCAUAGACAAUGGCAGGCCAAUUAAAGAUCAUAGUAGGAACAUGUAUGUUUUUUUGUUUUGUUCAAGUACUGUGGAAACUACAGUGACAUAAAUGAUAGCAAAUAAAUUUAAUUGUACUGAAUGACCACUGAUGCUGUGCAUAUCAUUUAGAAUCUACAUUGCGAAAAAAAUUAGGCUGACACUUUGCGAUUUUCCCACAGUGCCUAGUUUUGCGGAACAAAAAAGUGGUUUACAUGUGAUAAGCAUGUUAUCUUAUCUGUCUGUAUAUUGGUUAUUAUUGGGGCUGGUAAGCUGCUUGCAACCGUUUGUUCAGGAAGCUCUAUUAGAAUAUAGCAACCUCCUGUUCCCGACAAUGAAUAUCUGGUGGCACAUUCUCAUAGGAUGUUCUUCCAUCGUCGGGACACUCUCUCAAGAGCAUGGGCCAGGCGACCCGACAGAACCACAAGAUCCAGGGUUGCAAGCACAGCCUCCCUAUCUCCCGCCCCAACCCGAUAACGAUGAGGACGGUGACUGCGAUCCAGGCCAAGCAGACUCUCCCAACGGUUGUAAGAACUGCUCUGAAAUACACGAUGAAUGUAAUGACCACUUGAAAUGCUGUGAAGAUUUUGUCUGCAGCUGGGACAGCUUUUGUACUUGCAGCAAUGAAUCAAAGAAUUGUGGGAAUGAAGAUGAGAACAGUGCUGACGAAGAUGACGAUACUUUGCUGGAGGCAGCUAAGAUUUCGCUUCUUGUCGCGCUGGUCAUAGCAGCCUCAGCACUCUGCGUGUUCCUCUGGAAAACGUGUAGAAAGCACUGCAGCAGCGGGAACACAACUACACGCUGGCAAGAUCGGAGACGCACCACGCAGCAGAGUCUGGCCUCGCUGCAGCAGUACAUGCUGUCUCGGCUGUGUGACAGGCCCCCCCGCUAUGAAGACAGCAACUACAUCCAGGAAGAGAAGCCUCCACCGUAUGAGAUGGUCGUCACAACGGUGUCCCUCGACUCUUCGUUGGUGGAUUCAGCUUACCUCGCAAGCACGCACUCCGAGAACGCUGCUUACGUCGAGGACGGAACAGAGGGGCUGCCUCCAGCAACCCACCAAUCAGGUGUGUGUCUGAGCUGCUGCGCGAGUGCCGUGAGCCACAGCCAGGCGUGCCCUCGCUCCCACGGGGCCGCCAGCCACUCGAAGGCCGGGCCCCAGUGCUGCUGCUCGACGGGACACCACGCAAGCGACCAUCGACCCACUGCCGAUGACCCGAAACAUCAUGACGGAUCUCCCACCCAGGAGCCUGACGACCACGCAAAGGGAAGGAGAACAAGUCAGCAAGUGGCCUCUGUGACCUCACCAACAUAAGUUGUUCACAGGCAAUACAAAUCUCACUGAAAAGUUUCAGCCAUAUAAAACUUCACCCACCCACAUCGUCGUGCCUCUACUUACAGAAGUAAAUUUGGAGAGGAAAGUACAUAAUUACAAGUAUGCAAUUGGACAAGAAUACCACUGCAGCAUGGCUAAAAGGCCAUGUUUAAUUUUCAUUGUACAGUAUAACAUAUUAUUAGUGCCAUAGGCAGCAGAGAUAAAAAUAUUUUUUUUACAUAACUUUACCAAUAUGCAAGAUCAACAAUAUAAUUAAAGUUUUCAUGAGCCUUAUUAAAUUAACAUCAUUAUUUUUAGGAGGUUAUGUACAGUUUUUUUUUGCAUCUGUGCGUUUUGAACAUUAAAUGAAUAAUUCACAUUUAAAAAAUUGUAUCACUUGAUUUUUAAAGCAGGUUGUCUUAAGCAUUAAUGUUCCAAAAAUAUAAUCUCUGUGAUGAUCAUUUCAAUAUGAGUGCAUGUUUUAAUAUAUUAAAAGUUUUGUUUUUGUGAUCUCAUAUUACUGUAAAAUAAAAUGUUUAAUGCAUCAGAUGUACUGAAACCAAAUUGCAACAUCAAAGUAAAGCCACAACAAACCCUAAUGCGAUGGAUACGUCCAGAACUUGUUCGCAAAAUGAAUAAUUUGCGAGUUUGCAUCUUGUGUACUAGGUAAAAAUUAAUAAUAAAUUUUUCAAAACUAGUUUAUUGAAUGAGAAAUAUUAAAAUCAAUAUAGCAAUCAGUUUGAUGAAUCAGCAUGAUACUUCAUAUUUAUAUUCAGCCAAAGCAAUGCAAGCUAACUUGAUACAGAACUUAUUCGAUUCUAAGUCUUGCUCUCUAUUUUGUGCCUCUUAAUACUUGGCACAUCUGCUCCCUUCCCAAAUUCCCCCUUCCCCUUCUGUUCCUCUCAUUGCAGAAGCCCUUCCUAGCCACAAAAUGAUACCAACUACAUCAUACAGAUGUAAGCUACAAUUGCUUAAAGACUGAAGUGGGAGGAUGUAGAGAGUUUUUAAUGAAUUAAGGAGAUAAAAUAGUAUUGCAAGUCACAUUUAUAAAUAUACUAACUGCUACUAUGAUAAUGUAUGUUUUGAAACAAUUUGUAAGUAAUUAAAGCAUGACUAUCUAUCUCAAAUUUAGGUGAAAAUUGUGCUUGAUAUUAGGGGGAGUAACGUUAAUGAAGCUAAAAGAUUUAUUGAGAAAUUUGGAUUUGUUUCCUGCAAUAGUACAUACUAUGUAUCUUUAUAUGCUAAAAAAUAAUCUUGUCAUUUUAAUUUUAAAUUAUUGAAAAUACUUGUGAUGCACAUCUUUACACAAAAAUCCUUGGAUUUUAUUAUUUUUAUUCAAUGCAGACUUCAAGAAAUCUUUUCAUUCUCACCGUAUCUGUAAAUCAACUCUAUUGUCACCUACAAUUAAAUGUUAUGUUAUAAAAAAUUAAGGAAGGAAAUAAAUAAAAUAGUGUAGCCGUA